UGACGGGGAAAAGCAGAGGAGCAGUCUGAAGUACACUCAAACUCGAGUCGCGUUUCCUUCAUCGCUGCAGUUUUGAUCCAGUUGAGCUGUGACGUUUUGUUUAUAUAUUUUUUUACUCAUUCUCCCCUUUUCCCCCACUGAAGGAGCGUCAAGAGCAAAGUGACAAGUUGGGCAGAAAGUUAUUUUAUUUUAUCCUAAAUUGAGACUGUUGUUUCCGCUCCAAAUGAUGUUGACAGGAGACGCACCAAGAGCAAUCGUGGCUGGUGUUGUUCAGUGAGGUACUUGCCGGACUGCUGAAGUGUAGGUCACCUGAGACAAACUUCACUUCCUCAUCGGGACUUGAUGUGUUUUGCGCCCUCGACGUAAAGUCUCGGUUGUUUAUUUCGUGAAUGGGAGUGUGGGUGCAGGCGCUCAGAUGAGAACAGACGUCGGGCAGUAGAGGAAUCACCUGUUAUUGAGUCAAAUCUGUCCUGUUUUUUUUUUUUGGCCUGCAAACAGGUACUGUUGAUGUGUGUGGUUACCAGCUCUAAUGAUAGCAGCUAGAAGGCAUCUCCUGUAAGAGGACUGAACCGCCUCAACAUGACAGAGGUCAAGACUCCAUGGCCACAGGGCACAGAGUGUGUGGCCAGGUACAACUUCAAGGGCACAUCAGAACAGGACCUGCCCUUUAACAAAGGAGAUGUGUUGACUAUUAUCGUAGUCACAAAGGAUCCAAACUGGUACAAAGCUAAAAAUGCUGCAGGUUGCGAGGGAACAAUUCCAGCCAACUAUGUUCAGAAAAGGGAAGGUGUGAAAACUGAAGGCAAGCUGAGUCUAAUGCCGUGGUUUCAUGGGAAGAUAACGCGGGACCGAGCAGAGCAGCUGCUUCACCCCCCUGAAACCGGCCUGUACUUGGUGCGAGAGAGCACCAACUUCCCCGGUGACUACACCCUGUGUGUGAGCUGCGAUGGCAAGGUGGAGCACUACCGUAUCAUCUACCACAACGGCAAGCUCACAAUUGAUGACGAGAUGUACUUUGAAAACCUCAUGCAGCUGGUUGAGCACUACACCAAAGAUGCAGACGGCCUGUGCACCAGACUAAUAAAGCCAAAGCUGGAGGAGGGGACGGUGGCCGCUCAGGAUGAGUUUUCCAGGAGUGGCUGGUCGAUGAACAGAAGGGACCUCAAGCUGCAGCAGGUUAUCGGAAAAGGAGAGUUCGGAGAUGUCAUGGUGGGCGACUACAGGGGGACUAAAGUGGCCGUGAAGUGCAUAAAAAAUGAUGCCACCGCACAGGCCUUUAUUGCAGAGGCUUCAGUCAUGACGCAAUUACGGCACGAUAACCUGGUGCAGCUGCUGGGGGUGAUCGUAGAGGAGAACGGGAGUCUGUUUAUAGUUACUGAGUACAUGGCCAAGGGAUGUUUGGUUGACUAUUUACGUUCCAGAGGUCGGACAGUACUCGGUGGAGAUGCUCUCCUUAACUUUACACUAGACGUCUGUGAAGCCAUGGAGUACCUGGAAGUCAAUAACUUUGUCCACCGAGACUUGGCAGCCCGCAAUGUACUUGUGUCAGACGACAACAUAGCCAAAGUGAGUGACUUCGGUCUCACCAAGGAGGCCUCCUCCACUCAGGACACUGCCAAGCUGCCUGUGAAGUGGACAUCACCAGAGGCCCUCAGAGAGAAGAAAUUUUCCACCAAAUCAGAUGUUUGGAGCUACGGGAUUUUGCUUUGGGAGAUUUACUCUUUUGGCCGAGUGCCUUAUCCGAGAAUUCCAUUAAAAGACGUUGUGCCACGGGUGGAGAAGGGAUACAAGAUGGACUGUCCAGACGGCUGUCCUGAAGUGGUGUAUAACAUCAUGAAACAGUGCUGGAACCUGGAUCCUGCUGCUCGACCAAGCUUUCAGAUGUUGAAGGAGUGGCUACAACACAUCAGCCAAGGGAUGGGGAAAAAACAAUGAGAGAUCUGACAGAGAAGUGACUUUCCAACUCCUUCAUUUUGACCACUUGGACCACAACAUGGGAUGAAAAAAAAAAGAUUUCAGUUUUUAUUAUUAGGCAGACGAUGGAAGUUUGUUUUCACAAAGUUUAUAUUUUGAGCAUCAUCCCUCACCUCAAGUUGUUCAGACUGCAGUGACUCUUAAGUCCUGGCUCAAUCGCUGUAGUCUCUUUGCGCUCGUUAUCAAGAGUGAAUCAUUAAACUGUCAUAUCUAUGUCUGCCUCAGUGCCACAGUGCCUUGACCUGGUUUCUCUUACAUAUUUUAUGUCUUUUACUGGUAAAAAAUUAUGGCAUUGUUUUAUUUUAAGCCAGUGUGCACACCACCAUCAUUUGAAUAAGUUGACUGAAUCUAUUGUUUCCGUUCUAAGAGGAGAAAAGUAGGAAUCUGAUUUUGAUGUCAUUUACUCGCUGUAUUAUUUUUGACAGUUUCCAGGUACAUCAUUUUGCAUGAAUGUUGAUUGUUUUGUUAAAAAAACUAAGUUAAAAAUAAUUAUGCAGCUUUUAUUUUUUCAUUGAUAUGUCAUACGAAAUGUGUUAUGCUUACUUUGGAUCCAUCUGUAAGUCAAAAAAGGAAGCAAAAGCUUGGACAGAUCUCACCUUUACUACUGAUACAGUAACACCAUUCAGCUCAGACAUGAUUCCAUGUACAGAAUUUUCCAGCUGACUUCAUUUAUUUCUUUUUUGGCAAACUUUGGAUUCAACCAAACAAUCAGGAUUUUGUAUGUUCUGAGAAAAGGAGAAUGUUAAUAAAUGUACUGUGUUGCCAUUUUCAACAAUAAAAAAAAUAUACAUUUUGCAAUAA